UUCGACAAAAAAAUCGGACUUAGACUAUUCGUCCUCACCUAGCUAAGCUAUCAGCGAAAAAUGAAAGGUCUAUGUUUGUUAUGUAAAAAAAUCCAAAUAACAAGUCGAGGAUUGCAAUUUGCAAAAAAUGGGAUAAUAAUUUAAUUUGGUUCUUUUUCUAUGGUCUAUAGAUAGUACUAGUCUAAGCCUCCUCACUUCGACAAAAAAAUGGGACUUGGACUAUUCCUCCUCACAUAGCUAAGCUAUCAAUGAAAAAUGAAAGGUGUAUUAGCAAUAUCUCAUACCAAUAUCAGCACAGAUCAGUCUGCGCUUCUUUCUCUCAAAGCUCACAUCACUAGUGACCCUCAAAACAUCUUGACCACCAACUGGUCCUCUGCCUCCAAUUCCAACAUUUGCAACUGGGUUGGCGUUAGCUGCGGUGCUGGCCACCACAGAGUCACGGCCUUAAAUCUUUCGCACAUGGGUCUUGCCGGAGUUAUUCCUCCACAUCUAGGCAACCUCUCAUUUCUCGUUGAGUUGGGCCUUGAGAAUAAUAGCUUUCAUGGUCCCCUACCGCAAGAACUGUCUCGUUUGCGCCGGUUGAAGGUGAUUAACCUUGGAAACAAUGGCUUUAUGGGAACCAUUCCUUCGUGGUUUGGGUCCUUUGCUAAACUUCAAACCAUCAAAUUGUACGGUAAUGGCUUCUCGGGUUUCAUACCGGCUGCUAUCUUCAACUUAUCUGCACUCGAAACAAUUAAUCUAGGCAGGAACCAACUAUCGGGUAGCAUACCCAGAGAAAUAGGCAACCUAACAAUGGUGAAGGGCAUAUACCUUGACGACAACAAGUUCGAAGGUAUACUGUAUGACUUAGGUUUUGUUAAAUGUAUACUAGCAGAUGCCUUCACACACUGUGUGUGAAUAAUUUCAUUUUUUUUUUGUUUUUUGGUUUACUAUGAAGUGUGAUUAGUUUUCAAAAUUCCAAAAAAAAAAGAAAUCAAUUAUAAAAAUUGAGACAAUGAUGAGCAGUUUCUUCUAAAGUAGGCAUGUUUUUUAUUUACUAUUUUAUUUUAUUUUUAAUUUUUAAAUAGGGCAUGCUAUGUUGAUCUGGUUGUGAGGUUGUUGUAAAUAAUAGCAAAAUUUAUGUUCAUGUAAUUACUAAAUUGCCCAUAUAUUUUUUUUGUGUGUAGUUUUGGUGUGAGGGUUAAAAUUGCAAUUUUAUGUAGUUUUGUUUGAGAGCAGAGUUCUAUAAAUAGGUACUAGGUAGUUUAGAUACGAGCCCCUUCUUAGUAGGAAUCUCGUUCCACUUUAGCAAAAAUGAAAUGAGAGGACUAUCAUAAAAAUCGUAUAUUUACUGUGUAAGACCCUCGUAUUCUAGAGCAAAAAGAGAACCUAUAUAGUGAGCACAUGGUCCUUAUAAUGUUAUCCCACUUUUGCUACGGUAGAACGGGAUUCCCAGUAAGAAGCUACUCCUAUAUAUGUUUACAUGAUUUUAACAAUAUAUACGGAUUGAUUUAUAGAACUUCCGAACGAGAUGGGCAGUUUAGUUCAGCUGGAGGAGUUGUUUGUGCAGUCCAAUGCCCUAACAGCCUCUGCUCUUGUGCCUGUCUUCAACAUAUCUUCUUUGACUAUUUUAAAUCUAUACGGAAACAACAUGAGUGGCAGUCUUCCGAACAAUAUAUGUGAGCAUCUUUCCAGUAUUCGAAUAUUUAAUUUUAGUGGAAACCAGCUUGACGGUCUGAUUCCCUCCAAACUAUGGCAAUGCAAAGAGCUUCGUGAAAUCUUAUUAUACUCUAACAAUUUCCGUGGAAGCAUACCCAAAAGUCUUGGCAAUUUGACCUACUUAACCAAGAUUAUUCUUGGUGAGAAUCAUUUAACAGGUAAUAAAUUUGGGGGCAUUUCAUAAUCAAUUUGUUUUUAGUUUUUAGUUAAACUGAAGUUACAAAGUUAAUACAAGCGUUCUGAAAUUGUUAAAGGUACAAUACCGGAUGAGAUUGGUGAUCUUCCGCAGUUAGAGUUUUUGGAACUGUUAUUUAAUAAUCUUAGUGGCGUCAUCCCAUCCAAACUCUUCAAUCUCUCUACGAUAAGAAGAAUAGAGCUUUCUUUCAAUCAGCUCUCAGGUAGCCUCCCAGCAAACAUCGGUCUUAACGCUCCAAACCUAGAAUUCCUUUAUGUAGCCAGAACUAACGUCGUGGCUGGACUACUCCCUAACCUCUCCAAUGCUUCCAAGCUCAGGAUGCUAGACAUGAGCGAAAACUCAUUUACCGGGUUUCUUCCUAGCACGCUCUGUUCCUUGAAAAACCUUGAGCUUCUUUCCUUGCGCUCGAAUAAUUUGACAAUUGAUGCUUCUACUCCACAAGCAGCAAGUACUCUCUCUUGCUUGUUUAAUCUUAGAAAUUUGACAAAGUUAGACUUGGGAGACAAUCCACUAAACACCACGAUUCCAGCUUCCCUCAGGAAUCUCUCUACGUCACUCCUAUAUGUGUAUUUAUUCCGUUCCAACAUCAGGGGCAACAUUCCAGUAGAAAUUGGCAACUUGAGCAGCUUGAUAUUACUAGACCUGGGAAACAAUCAGUUGAGUGGAGCAAUUCCAACUUCAAUACAAAGGCUACAAAAUCUCCAAGUUUUGGGUUUGUAUGAUAACGAACUGCAAGGACAUAUCCCGUAUGAACUCUGUCAACUAAACAACCUAGCCGGUUUAGUUUUGCAUGGUAAUCGGCUCUCUGGUUCUAUUCCUUCCUGCUUGGGUACUUUGGCAGUAGCUCUAAGAUAUCUACGGUUAGGGUCCAAUUUGUUAACUUCAAAAAUACCAUCUUCCUUGUGGGAACUCAAGUAUAUAUUGGAGCUAAACUUGUCAUCCAAUUCUCUAGUUGGACCACUCUCAGAAGACAUCGGAAAGUUGAAAGAUGUGGUGGUAAUGGAUUUAUCAAAUAACCAUUUCUCCGGAAACAUUCCCGGUAGCAUUGGGGGUCUUCAGAAAAUGAUUAAAUUGUCCUUGGCAAACAAUUAUUUAGAAGGCCCUAUUCCCGGUUCAUUUAAAACCUUGCUAAGCCUAGAAUUCUUGGAUUUGUCCAAAAACAAUCUAUCUGGAGUGAUCCCAAAGUCAUUGGAAGCCCUCUUGUAUCUCAAGCAUCUGAAUUUGUCUUUCAACAAACUCCAAGGAGAAAUUCCAACCGGCGGGCCUUUCGGAAACUUCUCUGAUGAUUCAUUUGUAUCAAACGGUGCACUCUGCGGUACUUCCCGACUCCAUUUUCCAUUAUGCAAAUAUAGAACAAAAGUUGAGCCAAAUUGGAGGAAAGCUAAAUAUAUCAUCCCAGGGGUCAUGUCAGUAAUACUCCUAGCGGCUGCUGCAUUGAUUGUGGUGCUAUGCAGGAAAAGGAAUGUUGAAGUUGUAAGAGAAACUGCCUUGCUACCUCAAGUUCUUUGGAGAAGAGUUUCGCGCCUAGAACUUGUAAGGGCGACAAAUGGACUUCACGAGAGUAACUUACUAGGCACAGGGGGGUUUGGCUCAGUAUACAGAGGAACACUGUCAGACGGGAUAGAUAUUGCCCUCAAGGUUUUCAAUUUACAGCUAGAAGAGGCAUUCAAGAGUUUUGCGAAGGAAUGUGAAAUGCUAAGCAAUAUCCGUCAUCGGAAUCUCAUUAAAAUCAUAAGUUAUUGCGAUGAACUUGAUUUCAAAGCCCUGGUGCUUCAAUUGAUGCCUAAUGGAAGCCUCGAACAGUGGUUGUAUUCUCCAAACCGUUCCAUGACUAUCCUGCAGAGGUUGGACAUAAUGAAAGAUGUUGCAUUGGCACUAGAAUAUCUUCAUCAAGGUUACUCGAUACCUAUCGUUCAUUGUGACGUGAAACCAAGCAAUAUACUAUUGGAUGAUGAUAUGGUUGCACAUGUUGCUGAUUUUGGCAUUGCAAGACUCAUCGGCAGUGGAGAUUCGAUGACGGAAACAAUGACCCUAGCCACAGUUGGAUACAUGGCUCCAGAGUUCGGGAUGGAAGGAAGCGUUUCGACGAGUGGGGAUGUGUAUAGUUUUGGUAUUGUACUCAUGGAGACAUUCACAAAAAGGAAGCCAACGGAUGAGAUGUUUGUUGGGGAAAUGAAUUUAAAGCAAUGGAUUGCAGAUUCAUUAUUUCUAAAUGCUGCUAUAGAUGAAGUUGUGGAUGCCGAUAUACCUGGGACGGAGGAAGAUGGUGGUUUCGUGAGCAUGAGGGUUUGCUUAUCAUCCGUUAUGAGAUUAGCCUUAGCUUGCACUGCAGCAUUGCCGAAAGAAAGGAUUAACAUGAAAGAUGCCGCAGUCGCACUCUAUAAAAUCAAGACUAAGUAUUUGAAGGACUCUGGAGGAGUGAAUUCUUAGUUCUAUGUUCUCUAUAUUUUCGGAUCCAUUUUCUUAUUGUUGUUUUCGAUGUUCAAAAACUACAUUAUUUUCUUAUUGUUAUUUCAGUCAAUAUAUCAGGAAGUGACAAACUUCUAAACUUCUACUUAA